AGUCGAGUUUUAUUGACGAAUAGCCGAUUGAUUUACGCAUACAUGUGUUGUGUAGUUUAAAUAGUAUGUAUUGCAAAGACGCGAUUCGAGUGGAAAUAUCCGUUUCUUCCCAUCGUGGUCAUUUAAAUGGCAUCUCUAAAUGCAGUUUCCUUACAAUAAAAAAUAUUCCUAACUUUUUCCAUGGCCCUAUUUAUAGAAACAAAAAAUGGAAUUACGUGGUGAAAUAUCUGAAUAUAAAAAUGGGAUACCGGACAUUCUUAUCUACACAGAUAAUACUUAUUAAAGUCACGUGAUCCUGCACCCUGUUAAUAGUAUGGAAAUUUAUUGAGGAAACUACGAACAAUUCGCAAUAGCUCGGGACCAUUUUGUUAGUGUAAUUACGGUGUACGUAUGUGGACGCAUGCUUCUUACUAAAUACGAUAUUAACAAUUUUCAGAGGCUAACGAUCCAAUCAAGCAAUGAGGACUCAGUAAGACUGAGGACAAAAGGAAAUAUCAAUCGAUGUUAUUUAAAGCUGUACGAAAUGUACGGUUUAAUUUUACAAGAGUAAAACAUUAUAUGUGCGUUAAUGUCGUGAUUCCAUGGUAGUGAUUCGAAAUGGGUUGCGAUUUUAUUAAAAAAAUGAUUGCCAAGAAAAGAUGCCGCGUUGCGUUGAUAGUUUGUCUCAUCAUUGCCGUCGUGAUCGUGAUCACUGUCGUGCUCGCUGUCAUGUUCGCUGUCGUGCUUCCGGGCAAAUCCAAAACGAAAGACGAUUCCAAGUGCACAGAAAAUCAGGAUACACAUGGCAAAAAGUGUUUAAUCAUUGUUCGUUAGUUGCUGAACACCUGGACAAGGUUCUAUGGUACAGACACGCAGUGGAUGAUGCUAUCAUGACGCGAGUAUCACCGGAAUGCAGUCUGUCUAUCACAUCUGUGCAUGCUGACAAUUCAGUUACCGAAUUUGCGGAAAACUCUACCCAUUCAGCGAAUCGUACAUGUUCAGUUUCGAAAAAACAAAAGAGCGCAUUUGGAAUAAUAAUACUUGUGUGUGUGGUACUUGUGGUAUGUGUCGUCGUUUCCAUCGAAGUGAGUCGAAACCGGAACAAGAACAAUCCUCCCGUGAACACAGUAGGUACGUGCACACUGACAGAGUAUACCAUGGGGAAACCAUUAGGAGUCACGUGUUACGUUGAUAGUACGGUUCCAGCAGACGCGUUCACCGAUAUAGACGCCAAGUACACGUACUUAGCUCUAGAUGACCGAAUCAUUUCACAAGUAAACUGUACAUUUCAAGCUUCGGAAGGCACACUAUCUUGUACCGGUCCAAUCGUUACCUGUCUGAUCCGUGGGACGCUAUCUAUUUCACUGUCUGACACAGGAGGGAACAUUGUGCUAAGCACCAAAUUGGACCUUCGGUCACCUGAUCAUCCCUUGGUGACACGUGUGUCUCAAGUCUUUGAUCUACGUGAUCCAAAUUUGUCAUCAAUCUUCACAUUCACGUGCGAAGUGACGUCAUCGUGUUGUGAGUUUGCAAUGACUGUUGAUGUCGAGAGAUUCGGGUAUCUUUCUGAAGAUGAUGCCAAAUUUUGUACGACAACCCCGAUGACAAACGGAGGUCAUAACAAGAGUUGCGUUUUCGAAAUCAGCGACAGUGUGAUACGCCAAAAUAGUUCAAUGGACAUUUCAUGCGUUCUACAUCAAGAUGACAUCGUUGCUAAACAACACAACUUCCGCCUGCCAGCUUGUUCUGAUAUUUCGUCUGAAUGCGAUUGUGCGGCGCCUGUAACCAGUUGUGAACUGAUUUGUACAAAAUUUGAAAAGUGUUCAAACCAGUACUCCGAAAGAUAUCAAGUUAUUUCCACGAAUAAUAAUGCAUGCGAUCCUUUUUGCGUCGGGAAAUGGUGUCGUGAUACCUUCAACAAUGAUAAGGUUGUGACAAUAACAUCAGAUAUAUUAAAGAAAAUGUGCCCAACUUAUAGUAAAUGACACACCGGGAAGAAAACAGACCAUUCAGUAUUGAUGUACAAUCUAGCAAGUAUAUCGUCUCAGGAAAUAAACGUUGCAUUGUUGUAUAUGUUUUACAGUGUAUGUUUGUAGCGUGAUUUGCACCUGACAUGACGUUCGCUUUUUUCUACAUUGUAAGGUUUUUGUGUAAGCUCUCAUGUUAGCUCAUUUUGGCAUAAAAUUUGUGUGAAAAUAAAAUAAAUUGUAGCGGUUGUUAUACAUUUUAUUAUUUAAUUGUUUUUUGUUUGUCCUAUACAUUUACAUAUAUUUUUAAAGCUUUUGUUUGCUUGUUAAAUCCUUCCUGCCGAACCUUUUUGUGUAUUCGCUCCUUAAAGUGGUAUCCAUGGGCAAUUGUUUACAAUUUUAGUUGCCUUUAUUUUGUUAUUGAAGAGGUGCAUUUUUGAAAAUAUUUGCAGAAAUGUUUACGCCCCAUGUUUACAUGAAAAUAGUAAACAUUUGAAGUUUAUCUAUAUAUUGAAUAUGUACGUGCCUUUUGUAGCUAUGUGUGUGUUUAAUUCUAUUGAUUAUAAUCAUUUUACUUAAGGAUAUUUGCAUUACUUUCAAUCAUGUUUAUACCGUUGUAAAACAUAGCUAUUUUUGUUCAUUCCAUUUUGAUGGUUGUCUGAUAUGUCAUUUCAAUUUAUGCUAUGAUUACUAAAAGUUAGAUUGUCUGUGUGCAUGCAUAACCUAACGUAAACAUUCGGAUGCUUACCGUUCAAUGAAGGAAAUGAAAUAAUUGUUUCAUCCGACUCAGGUAAUUGCAAAUAUUUGGUCGAUGUGUAAUAUUAAUAUCAAAAGGAGUUCAUUCCUGGUUUAGUGAUGUGAGGCAAUAACUAUUUAUCCCCCAUCGAACACAACAUCGCUUUACCCUCACAUAAAAGCGCGUCUUUCGUGUGAGACCGAUUUGCAGUGUACAUGAUAGGUCACACACCAAGCACAUACCACUAAGUCUUUAUUUCAUAGCAGGUAAAAAUUUAUUGAGGCGUCUCUAAUCGAUCCUAAUUACUACCGAUUAUAUUUUAUUUCUUACACGGGAUCUUUUGGAUACUUAAGGACAUCUUGAUGUUUAUUCGUGUGUUUAAUGUUAUUCAUGAAAUGCUAUUUCCAUUUCCGCGUUUAGC